AUGGCAGCUGAGCACGUACCGUUGGCUGCGGCCAUUUUGUGCUAUAUUCAAUACGCUAUUCUUAUUACUUUUGGACAUUUACGUGAUCAUGCUGGUAGUAUUUUUGGUGGUUCACGUUAUUCUGAUCAUGCGAAAAGAGGGUAUGCACCUUUGCUUGUAGCCUUUGAGAAUUUCUAUACGAAACGCAUCUAUCAUCGGCUACAAGACGUCUUUAAUCGUCCUGUUGCUGGUUCCCCAGGCGCCCAGAUUGACCUGAUUGAACGCUAUUCCGUGGAUGAGAACAAGACACUACAUAACAAAGAUGGAUGUAUCCGACGCUGUGUGAAUCUUGGUUCGUAUAACUAUUUAGGAUUUGCAGAUGACUGGAUAAAUCGAUGCAGUAAGGGCGUUUUUUCUGCGGUGAAACAGUUUGCACUAGCGUCUACUGUACCACCCAUGGAGUUUGGGACGACAUUGGUACAUAUUGAACUGGAGAAAGCGUUGGCCAAAUUUAUUGGCAAGGAAUCGUGUAUUGUGUACAACAUGGGCUACGCUACUAAUGCAACCAGUAUUCCCGCUCUCACGGUAAAAGGCACACUCAUUCUUAGUGACGCGCUGAACCAUACUUCCAUUGUCAAUGGUGCACGGUCAUCGGGUGCUUCAGUAGGCGUGUUUAAGCACAACGACCCUGCACACCUUGAGAAGGUACUACGUACAAAAAUUGCGGAAGGUCAGCCACGGACGCACCGUCCGUGGAAGAAGAUCAUAGUGAUGAUUGAGGGUAUUUACUCCAUGGAAGGGGAGAUCGUACGUCUGCGCGAAAUGGUGGACGUCACGAAGAAGUACAAAGCCUAUAUCUAUGUGGACGAGGCUCAUAGCAUUGGCGCGCUGGGUAGUACUGGUCGCGGUAUUUGUGAGUAUGCGGGCGUCGACCCUAGCGAGAUCGAUGUCUUGAUGGGCACGUUUUCCAAAAGCUUUGGUGGUAUGGGUGGUUACAUUGCUGCGUCAGAAGAGAUCAUUAGUUUUAUCCGCAAUUCAAGUUCAGGCGCGAUCUACGCGACAAGUUUGUCUCCGGUGGUCGCCCAGCAAGUUUUGACGGCGCUGAACAUAAUUGCUGGGUGGGACGGCACCGACCUUGGCCGCAAGUGUAUUGCAUCUUUGCGCGACAAUAGCAACUAUUUUCGCCAGAAGUUGAUGGACAUGGGUGUGGUCACGCUGGGUGACUUUGAUUCGCCUGUGAUCCCGGUGAUGUUGUAUCACAUGUCAAAGGUAGGUGAGUUUUCUCGCGAGUGUUUAAAGCGCAACUUGGCCGUGGUGACGGUAGGAUUUCCUGCGACGCCGCUGCUGCUCGCUCGCGUACGCUUCUGCAUAUCAGCGGCUCAUACGAGAGAGGAUAUGGACAUGGCUUUGAAGGUACUGAAAGAGGUGUCAGAAUUGUGCAAUAUCUGCUUUGAGAGGAAGGUAUAA